AUGGCCGGAACGCUAUCCCACAUCCUCGAUGGCCCGGGCAGCGAUCCUCGGCCUCUGUCUGGGUCUCUCCAUCAGAACACCAAUCCUUAUGCGUGCCGCGACUGUGGGCGCUCAUACUCGCGGCCAGAGCAUCUUGUUCGACAUGUUCAGACGCACACCUUGGGCCGGCGCUUUGCUUGCGAAAUCUGUAACAAGUCGUUUGCACGGAAGGAUCUGUUGAGAAGGCAUGUUAGCAAUCAUGACAACGACUCGCCCAAGAAGCGUCAACGACUGGUUUCAACUCCCAACUCCAGCCGCGUCACCCAGGCCUGCCGCCCUUGCGCCGCUGCUCGAGUCAAAUGCGACGAAACGAAGCCGUGCAGACGCUGCGUCAGUCGUAACUUGGCAUGUUCUGCCUUCGAGACCAGCCCAGGCUCUUCCACGCAUCUUGCUCACCUUCCAGGGAGCGGACAGGAUGCCCCUGUACAAAAUCAAACGAAUAGCGGCUCCUAUAUAGCACCCGCAGAUUCGAAUUCCGCGCUUCUGAAUACCCCCAGGAACUUGAUCCGCGAUAAUACAACCAACAAGAGCAGCCCUCUAUCGCAAACCAACUCAUCAAGGCAAGAUGAUAUUAGCCAGUUGACAACUCCGGAUACUGGAGCAGCUCACCCACAUAACACGGCGAAAACUGGCCCCAUGGACUUUAACCAAAUCCCAUUUUUCGAUUUCCUGCGCGAUGUCCUCUAUCAGCAGCCUUUAGAUCUGCCGCGGCCAACCGAAUCUCAAGGUCCAGCCGUGUUAGAUUUCUGCGACAACAUGGACAUGGCUCUUACCGAAAUGGACUUUGGCCUCCUAGAUCACUGGAAUCUGGAUCUAGAGGACGGCGGGGCACUGGUAGCACCUGCUUUGGUCGGCCAGAAUCCCCAAAACUCGGUUGAAAUGUCCCAGAUGCGGCAGAAUCUUGCCAACGUCUGGGGAGAAUUGCCGUGGAAAUGGGAGCCGACUGCCAGGGAUAGUGGCUAUACUGAGCAGGGCAAUCUACCCAUAUCCGCCAAAGAUCUUUCUAAUGCGCAGUUUCAAGAAACCAAAAAGAAUCUUGAGCGAGUCGUUGACCAGAAGCUGAGUCUUUCCAGCCGCGACCAGAUCUUGGCCAUCAUCUUAAAAACUUGUCGCGAUCCCUCGACGGCCGGUCGGGUGGCUGCCUCUUUCCCAAAUGUGGACGUGAUGGAUACGAUGAUGCAAGCUUUCCUGGCCGCUCAUAUUCAACAAGUAUCAACAUGGAUACACUUUCCCACCCUCAAGCUGAAUUCGCUAUGGCCCGAAUGGGUUGGGAAUGCUGUGGCUGCUGGUGCUGUGCUGAUGCCGGCCCCGACGUUACGCAAGUUUGGAUUUGCCAUCCAAGAGGCAGUUCGCAUUACCAUUCCUGCAAGAUUUGAAGAAAAUAACACCGCUAUCCAAAACCUUAGUUUGGUCCAAUCACUCAUUUUGGGGCAAGACAUUGGUCUAUGGAGCGGUAACCGCAGAAAGAUGGAGAUUGCCGAGUGCCAUUUGGUGAUUCCUGUGACGAUGAUGAGAUAUCGACGAUUUUUCCAGCGGCACAUGUAUCCUAUUAUCACCGUAAAUCCCUCAGACGAGGGUGAAACAUUACAACAAAAGUGGAUGAGGUGGGCGGCUGCGGAGCAAUGGAAGAGACUAGCAUACCACUGUUACAUCCGAGAAGCCCAGUUAUCGAUGACAGCAUUGACAAAUCCCUGCAUGUCGUAUUCCGAGUUGACGCUGCCACUACCAGAACGGAAGGAACUGUGGUUGGCAAAAUCGGCGUCUGAGUGGAAGACACUUUAUUUAUCGGGGACGGCUGGACAAGAGAAUCCAAGGCUGCCAUCAAUCGCCGAUGCGUAUCGAGACGUACGCCAGCUUGCUGAAAAUUCUACACGGAUUGACACGCAGCUGUCUGUGUCAAUUUUCCUUCACGGCUUUUGGUCAAUGAUUUUGGAAUACUCUCAGCUAAGUGUGGUGCAUCAAUUUCGGAGCUACACCAAAGAAAAGCCCAACUCUAUGCUCAACUCCAGGCGCCAGGAGCUCCUUAGAGAUCUACAGUCGUUUCAGUUCAACUCUUCAGAUUUACCAGGCGUCACCCCUCAAGAACACGUCGUGUUAAACCUUCUCAUGAUGCACCUUUACGUAUCUCUAGACGACCUACAAAUCUUCUCGGGCAAACAAGGUGAAGAAGAAGCCCGUCGUAUGUACCCCAUUUUGCAACAGUGGACAGCCAACCCUGAGUCAUGGUUCGCAGUUUGGUGCGCGGGGCAGAUCUUGCGAUAUGCCAAACUGUUUCCUCUCAGCCAGCUGAAGGAUUUCUACGCCAUAGCGGUCCAUCAUGCCGCACUGGCUUUGUGGACCUAUGGCGUUGUGGCUCGAGCCAGCCAGCAGCAGGACAUGGCAUCGCAGUAUGGAUAUGAGCCCAUGUAUCUGGAUGAAGGCAAUGCCACAUCAAUCCAGCAUUUCUUGAGCUUUGGGCAGGGGAGACCUCUUAUUCAAGGACCCGCAGGCGGAUCAAGUUCAGGAGCGGCACCCGGCGAGGCGUGUGUUUACGACCCUCGUGCGUGCAUGGAUAUUGCGCAAGAGAUUUUGCAGACGAAUUUUAGAAGACCCCAAGACGCCUUGCCGCCUCUCGUGGAGAAUCUUUGCCAGCUGAUCAAACAGCUUGGAAACGCGGCAUGGGCGGUUGGCUUGGGCUUCUUCCGCUGGCCAUCGCCCGGGCCGCAAACAGCCGUCGCCGUCACCGUCACCGUCACGGCCGUAGCCACGGCGACGCUGCUGCUGCUGGCCAGAUCCGCGCUGCGGCCGCGGUGGGGCAGGGCGCUGCCGAGCCCGCUCAAGACGACGAUUCCGAGGCUGCCGCGGGACGAGGUCGAACGCCUGGUCUAUCAGCCGGACGCCUUUCCGGGGGCGAGGGACGUUGAUACGCCGUAUGGAUCCAUCCGCGUCUAUGAGUUUGGCCCCGAGGAUGGCGAAAAGGUCCUGCUCGUCCAUGGUAUCAGCACUCCCUGUAUAACGCUCGCUCUCAUCGCCCACGGGCUCGUUAAACGCGGAUGUCGAGUAAUGCUCUUUGAUCUCUUUGGCCGAGGCUUCUCAGACGGCGUCGGCGAUCUCCCUCAUGAUGAGCGCCUCUACACCACUCAGAUCCUCCUCGUGCUCGCCUCAAGCCCCUUGGCCUGGACUGGAAACGACGCCUUCCGCCUCGUUGGAUACUCCUUGGGCGGAGGCAUCGCCGUUCACUUUGCCACUGCGUUUCCUCACCUUGUCUCGUCGCUCGUUCUGCUCGCCCCCGCCGGUCUCAUCAAUGCCGCAGACUUUGGCGCCGUGUCAUUGUUCAUCUUCAAGUCUGGCUUCGUGCCGGAGAGAAUCCUCGCGUACCUGACCCGAAUUCGCCUGCAGCAACCCAUUGCCGCCUCCCGAAAGGCCAAAGAGAUCUCGCCGUCCGCAGCAGCCGCCGACAUUGCCGCCACAGAGGCCACCAGCGACAGCGAGACGCAGAAAGCCGACGGAUCUUCCAUUCCUUUUGAGCAGCAUGUGCUCAUGUACGUCCGAUGGAUGGCUCUUCAUCAUACCGGCUUCAUCCCGGCCUUCAUGUCUUCGAUUCGAUGGUCGCCCUUGACGGACCAGCAUGAGAGCUGGAGGCUGCUUGCGCGCCGAAAGCCGGGCUCGACGAUGGUCCUGUUGGCGCAGAAUGAUGAGAUUAUCGACGUAAAGGGCUACGAGCGCGAGGGCCUGCCUCUUGUGGGCGGUAAGGAGAAUGCGGUUUGGAAGGUUCUUCCUGGUACGCAUGACUUUGUCAUGACGCACUCGGAGAGGAUCCUCAAGGAGAUGGAUGAGCUGUGGAACUAA